AUGGUUGACCUUGGACAAUCUCCCGGUAAGCUUAAACCGCUGGGAAAAGUUGACAUAUGCAAAGAUAAAAACAAAGGAGAACCAAAAGAUGAGGCUGCACCAUCACUUAUGUUUUUGUGUACUCGGUCGUUCUCUGAUCCGAUCCCAAAUUGUCACAUUUCUAAAAAUGGACUUAAGAAGCUUAUUGGAAGCAUUCCUACAUUAGACGAGCUUUUUGACCUUAUUGACGAAAUUCUCAAGGCCGAACUGAUUGUCGUUGAGAACGAUAAAAAAGUUUUUGGAAUGAUGCAGUUAAUCACCACGAUCUUCAAAGGAAUGAAACCUGAUCCAUCUAUAGUUACCAAGGAAAUUGCCAAAAUGGAGACUGAAUAA